AUGGCGACACAUCAUCUCUGCACUUCUCCAGCACUGGCACACAAGUACCGACCGACCAAUCGCUUUGCCUUCAGCUUCAAGCCACACCGUCUUGGACCAGUCGGCCACUCCUUGUCUACUGUAGUUCGGUCUUACAAGGUGACAAUCGAGCACGAUGCUCGUGCCAAGACAACCAUUGAUGUAGACCUAGAUGAAACUAUCCUCGCCAAGGCACUAGACUCCAGCUUGACCGUCCCACAUAACUGUAAGCUUGGUGCGUGCAUGACGUGUUUGACUCGACUGGUGAGCGGCGAGGUUGAUCAGAGCGAAGGCAUGUUCAAUGAUGAUGUCGUUGAACGCGGGUACACACUGCUCUGUGCUUCCUACCGUCGAUCUGAUUAUCACAUUCGGACCAUCCAGGAAGAAGAAUUGUUGUCACUGCAAUUGGCAACUGCAAAUGAUUAG